GGCAUCAUUGACCUAGUUACCACUGUCUCCCGUCGACAGUCAACAGCACGACGACUCAAGCAAAACCCAGAGGUCUGUCCUGCAGGAUAUGCACAAUGACAGUGCCAUGGAUUUAUUGCUUCUUAUCUCUUCUGUUGGCCCUGAAGAUUCACACCACACAUUCAGCUCCCGAUUUCUCUCUCUACCUUCACGACAUCCUGAAGAACCACACGGCUCAUGCUUGUGAAGGAGACACACUCGUCAUCAAGUGUCCCUCCAGGACUUCUGUGGCCAUCCUCUCUGCUUUCUACGGACGACGGGUUCCUAAUCAGCAUUUGUGUCCCUCUCCUAACAAAAACACAACUGCAGAGGAGGAUAACGAAUGCACUUCCCCAGUUGCUACUCAGAAAGUGCUGUCAGAGUGUCAGGAUCGGCGGUCCUGUCAUAUCCCUGUCUUGAGUCCAGUGUUCGGGCAGGACCCCUGUCCUCUCACCAGCAAGUACCUUCUAGUCUCCUACAAGUGCAAACCAGAGCACCACCGCAGCAGGCUGGUGUGUGAGAAUGAGCGACUGAGGCUGAUGUGUAAAAACGAGACCGUCCUCGCCAUCUACUCGGCCUCGUUUGGACACCUGCUACAUGGCAGUCCUCACUGUCCUCAGGAACCUGGAUCACACACUGACAUGGAGUGUCUGUCCUCCACGGCCCUGAGGAAGGUGUCACGCCGGUGUCACAGCAGAGCGAAUUGCUCACUGGUGGCAGACACACAAACCUUUGGGGACCCGUGUUUUCCCGGCACCAGGAAACACCUGCGGGUGUCCUUCACUUGUGUGCCCCGGUAUCUUCUGGAAGAUGUGGGUCGAGGUUCAACUGAUCCUUUCAUGAUCACGGACUACACACAUGGUGGAUGGUACACUGGCCCCACCUACAGGCCUCAUAACGUGCUCUAUACCAACUCUCUGGAGAUCAUUGAAAAAAUGUUGGAUUUCCCAGAGCGAGUGGCUCUGUACUUUGUGGUUGGCAUCUGUGCUGGUCUAGUUUUCCUGCUCUGCCUGUUUGGUAUACGCUCCACACUUGUGAGGGAUGUUAAAGAUCUGGUUUCUGACCUGAAGGAUGAGCUGGAAGCUUCUCGCAGAAAACGAAAGGAGCUCAUGGAGGAUCUCUUUGACGAUGACAUCUCGGACACGUCGUCCUUCCGUUGCCUGACACAAUCCUACCGCACAACAGAACUCCUCAGUCCUUCCACUUUGACAGUCGAGAUGGUUGAACGUGAGGUGGAACAGACGAGGGAUCAGCCCAACGGAGACAUUUGGCCGCAUCGAGACUCCAGCCCUUAUGCCAUUCAUAAGAUUAAAACUUACAACAAUUGAGAGAAGUCAUGUACAGCUGAAUCUAUUGCUAAAUAACCCUUCUGAUUCCAUUAAAGUUUCGGACUGAAAUUUACUUUCAAAAUAAUGUAACUUCUUUAUCCAUGUUUUGUCACUGAUGUCAAAGUGACUAUUAACAAGAAAGAGUUAAAUACAAAUAAAUGUAUAACAUUAA